AUGCCCACUGGAAAGCUCCAUCUCAAGAGAACACCUGCAGAACAGGCAGAACGCGACUUUCGCAAGGCUCAGAAGGCGGUUAGGAAAGCGUCCAGGAAGAGACGGCAUGCCGACUCCUCAGAUGAUGAGUGGAAGCAUAUCUCUGAAGGCGGCAGCAACAAUAGCUCGCGAGCUACACACAAGCCUUCGAACUACACUUACGUAUUUAGCGACGAUGAAUAUGGACCACCGCCACCACCACCGGCAUCGACGUCUUUCAGAACACACAAACAAGACUAUGACACGAUCUAUGCACAACUAGAAGAAGAACGCUUUCGAGAGAAGAUUUUUGAGGCAAUGGAGGAUGAUGAGCGGCUGGACGGUGUAGAGUCUCGGCUUAACUCGUAUGCUCACAUUCCCCGGAGAUGGCGCAGCGGUGGAAUGGACAAGAUGGACGACGAGGAAGGUGUAAAGCCGCAUAUGAUGGAGGAAGAGGAUUAUGCCGAGAGGAAACAUGCCGCGGAAUAUGCUGAACAGGAACGCAAGAAGGCAGAACGAGCAGCUCGUCGCGCGCGAGAGAAGGCAGUGCGUAAAGAGACAUCCCGGCUGGAGAGAGCUGCAGACGACGAGAGAAAGCGGCGACGACGAAGCAAGGAGAGAAGAAAGGUGGCCGAGAUCAGACUUUGGUAUGACACGCGGUGGAAGGAGUUGCUAGCCGUCGGAAAGACAGGCGAGGAACAGCUGACUUUCCCAGAUAUCCCAUGGCCUGUUCUCCCCUCCGAAUCAGACGACAACAAAAGUAGAAGAGUUAUCUCUUUGGGUGAUAUAACAGCAGCUGCUAUCUCAACGUUCUUGCUUCUCGACGAUGAGGAGAGUGUCGAGGAUGUCGAUGUAGUCAAACGACGCAAAGACAAGCUUCGUGAGACGAUGCUGCGGUACCAUCCAGAUAAGUUUGAGGGCCGGAUAAUGUCGCGCGUUACAGAGAUAGAUAGAGAGAAGGUCCGAGAUGCACUCGGGAUAGUGGUUAGAGCUAUAAAUGAGCUAUUGGGCGAGAGAAGAUAA